AUGACUUCCAAACUUCAUGAUAUCCAACAUGCUUAUUCGAUUUCUGGAUAUCUGUAUAUGAAAUAUCUGGGCGGCGGUGAGUUAGUCUACGUUGGAACCAUAGUUGGAACAAUCUGACCGACCCGGCCGGAAUGCUUCGAAGAAAUCAAUUCAUGUAAAAUUAUACUUUUUCAGAUAAUUUCAUUCAAAAACAGUUCGGUUAGGACCUCUUUGGUUGUAACAUCAAAUGAAUAGACCCUAUAGAAUUCUAAAUCGGGUGCAAAAAACAGCAGACGAGACCUAUUGUUGAAUUUAUCGAAAAAAUGUAAUAACUACACAAUUUUCAUUGUUAUAUUCAGCUCUGGCAUUAUGGAGACCACGGCGGCGAUUCUAUUUUGCGAUCGACGAGAUCGCCGAAGAGCUUGUUUAUCACAAGACCGAAGUGGAAUUCACCGCACAUCGAGAGCCGCUCGGAGCAUUUCCGAUUUCAACGGCCGUCAUCACGUUGGACGAGAAAAAUCACCUGGUCUUCAUUCUACAGUAAGUCUGACCACAACCACCCACAUAAUUCCGUUUUGUUAUUGCGCAAUACGUGCGCAUUAUGUGCGAGUAAGAGACCGGCAACAAACACAAAACUGAAACAAAGGGAACAAAGGGAAUCCGCGUGCUCCGACCGGGAGUAUCCGCUGAAUCACACGCCGAUCCCUGAACAAACAGAAUGCACCGUCAUAUCUGUUCAGUUCUUCCAGUAUCUCCGGCAGAAGCAUCGAGUUCGAGGCGGACAACGAGGAGUCUUGUCGGGCUUGGCUUGAAACUUUCUGCAAUCGGUACUCUGAAGCUGAGAGGGCCAAAUAUCAGAUGAUGACGCAUAGACCUGUGAAAAAGAGCUCAAGCCUUCCCGUGAGUUAUUCGUCUGUUCAAUCAAAGGCGGGGCAAAAGGCCAUUUCAGAUUUUUGGCCUAGUAAAAUCCAAUCGGACCCAAAUUUUCUGUUCUCAAAGCAUGAGGACCCGAGUUUGGGUCCGAUUGGAUUAUUACAAGUGGGCCAAAAGUCCAGGACUUCGAAAAGCCUGGAACGGCCUUUUGCCCAGCCCUAUUUGUUUUAUUGUUUGUGAUUUUUGAUGCUUUGUUUUGCAGGACCAAGAGUCGACCCCACCUGCCACAGACCAGCAUAUACCACCAUUCAGAAAACGUAACCCCUGAGAAACUGUCCUUCUUCGAAACGUUUGUUUACAGAUUCGGUGCCCGCCCGCAACCUUGUGACAGCUAGAAACUUCAUCAUGCCUCCACCGGAUAUUGCGGUUUGCUCUUUUGUGCAUCAGAUUUUGAGUCAAAAUUUUUCAGGAAGGUUACUUGCCGGAUGAAGAAAUGGACGACUGGGUGACGCAUUGGUUGACAAACGAAACAUUUCAUAAUUUCGCUUCUUGCACCGAUCCAGCCACACCGACUUCCACGAAUCACAGUAAAGUUGACACUUGCAGCGAGAGCGAACGGUUUGCGAAUUUCGAUUUUACACUACUGUAGAGAAACUGUAUUUUUUCAGAGCAGAGAGUGAGGAACUUGAUCAACUCCGCGAAAUUACAAACAAUCAGAAGAGGAAAAUUGAGGAAAUGAAACAUGAAAUGAACUCGAUGACGAUGCACAUUGAACAAAUGAGGUCAGUUUGAGGUCACCAAACUCACAUUUUCAUCAUAUUUUUAUAACAGAAAGCGGGCGGACUCAACGAGUGGAAGUGACCGAGAUACUUUAUCCGCACAGAACAAGUUUUUGAACUCGGAAAUUCUGAGAAUGAGUGCAAAAUGUGAGAUUCUUGAAAUGCAAAGUAGCCGGAGUAAAAAGUGAGUGGAAUUCAGACAUUUCCUUGUUGAAACAUGACAAGAAGCACAGGGAGAACAAGAGAUUGACGGAGGAAUUGCAACUGUUGCGAUGCGAUUAUGUGUACGCGAUCCAGUCAACAAUCCGGAUCCCACUUCAUGACAACUCGGCGAUGGAUGUUAUGUCUAUGAAGUUGCUGGGAGGCGAAACGGUAAGAGACUGCCUCGUUUCAACUAGAUUAUCAUCAAUUUUUCAAUUUCAGCACAAAUCCCGAUUGAUCCAGUUAAUGGCAGAAGCUCGACAAGACGAUCCCAGUCUUCCGACACUUCAAAGUCUGCUCCAAGGGAUUUAUGUGGACUCGUUCGGUUUUCGAAUCAACUUGAAAGAAGAACCAAUUGCUCUCCAUUACAUGGCGACCAAACUCAAUCAUUUCUAUUCUAACCGCUCCAAACCAGCGAAUGAGCAUAAACAGAACUGGAAGCACUUUUUGGAAGAGAAUGAGUUCAUCGACCUCACAGUAGGCCUAAUUUAAGUUGCUUAGCAAAACAUAAUUGCAUUCCAGCCGGAAACAAAAGUAAUGUGCAGGAGGGGAAUACCAAAUUCAUUGCGUGCGACGGUUUGGCGAAUUCUUAUCAAUCAACAGGUAGAAGAUCUGAAAACCGUGUACGGAAAGUAUUACUACCGUAAUUUGUGCAACAUUCAAGGCGGGGAAGAUGAAAAAACUGUGAGUGCAUACACACAGUUCGUAAGUGGAGAAGCACAAAAUCAUUUCGUUACAGUACUCGGACGUUCAUCAAAAGCAAAUAAAUCUCGACCUUUUGCGGACAAUGCCAAACAAUGUGCACUUCAUGAGCGCCAAUAGCAAAGGGGUCUGUGAUUGUUCAGGUUUUGAGAACUUUCUAUGAAACACUUUUCAGGUCACCCAACUUCUGCAAGUUCUCCACGCAUUCUGCCUGCACAAUCCUCAAAUCGGAUAUUGUCAAGGCAUGAACUUCCUCGCCGCCACGGCUCUUCUGUUCGUCGGUCCAGAGGAUGCGUUUUGGUUCCUGAUUGCGAUCACCGAACGCUACUUUGACAAGACCUACUUUGACAGUAAUCUGACGGGAGCACAGGCGGAUCAGGAGGUUUUGAAGGGAUUGUUAGAGGUUCAACACCCAAAGAUCAUGAAACACUUGCAAAAUUUGGAUAUCGACGUCGCAUCUUUCACGCUGAACUGGUUUAUCGCCCUUUUCUUUGAUGCCGUCCCGUUCAACGUGCGUUUGAUCAAAAUGCAUGCUUAGUAUAAACUACACGGGUGUUUUCAGACUUUGUUAAGAAUCUGGGACUGUUUUCUGCUUGAAGGACCGAAAGUUCUGUUCCGUUUCGCGAUUGUUCUCAUUGGAAAGCAUGAAGAUGAAAUUAUCAGUCGAACAGAUGCUAUUGGAAUCAUGAGAGUCUCGAAAGCAGCGACUCGUUUAGCAUUUGAUGAAGAAGCUAUUGUCAGCGUUAGUUCAAAACAAACUUCUAGGGUUUAGUACAGUUCUUGCAGAUGGCUUUUCGCAUCACUCAUCUGCCCUCGAGGUUAGAGCUGAAAAACAUGCAACUACAGUAUGUGAACCUUCUUGCUGAGAAACUGGAGAAAAAAACGAAGCGAGCUAAUGAAUUUGUGGUAGAAUUGACUCAAUGGACGGCACAGAAUAGAUAGAUUGUUCCAGAAAAGCAUCACAAACAACAUGAAAAACGAGAAGCUCAUCUCUAACAUUUUCAUCGACACUUUCACUCCAAACAAUGGCUUUAUUGUGUCUGGACAUCAUUUGAUGGGUAAAAUUGCUGGAAUUAAGGUGCUGAAUGACAAAGGUAUUAUGAAAGAUAUUGACGUUGAGGUGAGGAACAAAAUUUAUAUAAAGUUACAAAAUCUCUUUGAAGUUUGAUUGUCGUGUGAUGUCCAUUUGCAUGGUCCGAAAAGAUAUGGCCUACGUCAGUCUGAUAUCCGGAUUCUUGAUUGCCGCCCAUGUUAGCAGUGAAAAUGAGUGGUACAGCAUUGCUUCUAGAACCCACCACAUCACAAUAUCCCCCUUCCAGGAGCGUACUCUGGGAGCUGAAACUGCCAGACGUCGCCACUUUCCUGAUCCACCGGGAAAACACUCUGUUCGCUGGCCUCGCCAACGGUAUCCUGACAGUGUUUGAGAACGCUGGAGAGCGCUGGCCUACAAGUGUCCAAAUGUGGCACAUGCCACUCAGUUCCUCUCCCCUAACAAACGCUGCAGUACACGAUGAUACUUUGGUGGUGGGCACCGCGUGCAAAUUGAUUACAUUGGAUGCUGAAUCUCUGACGACUCUUUCUACAACUCACGUCGCUUCUUCGAAUGUUGGCUCGGGAGUUAUUUAUUUUGAUAAGGUCAGUUAGAGCUGAUUGGACUCCAACUUUUCAGCCUUUAUCGUUGCUUUGUUUCCUACUGAUAGGAUUAUCUGAUCCAGAGAUAUGUGGAUCAGAGAUCAAAAAUACCGCAAUCUUGCAACCCGGCUUCAGCUCAGUCUCUGGGCCAGAUAAAUCGAUAAGUCUGAAACUCGAACCCGAAAUACUUCAAAAGCUUGUCAAAUUGAUAUUUUAUCAAUCAAUCUUCUCAGAUCACAUGUAUGAGCGAGUCUCCAUUUGGUAUCUUUCUAACCACCGACCACUCCACCUUGAUCCAAUUAUGGCAAGACACUACUUGCAAUUUACUGUACGACAUCGCAUUCGACCACAAGACAAGGUCAUCCGACAGUCAUUACUCACAAAAAACACAGAAUUUACAGAAAACCGUCAUUUUCCGAAACGGAAAGUAGCAGUUAUGUGGAAUCGAUGCUUUUCAAUGACUCCCUUUUGUGGUUGGGAACCUCCGACGGAUACAUUUUCAUAUACAGCAUUGACAAUGAGCGCGGAAAAGAGGAAGUGAAAUAUAAACUGAAAAAGUAAAGUGAUUUAAUAAGAUUUAUGUAAGAUGCAUCGCUUUUUGAAGAUUCUCCGGUGAGAAAAGAGCGAGCAAAUCUUCAACUCGGUCCCAAAGGUUGGGCUCGUUGAUCGAGAACAACGAUGAAAUCGAAGAUGAUCCGCCAUUUAUUGGAUCAGAAAAGCGAGCUAGUCGGGUUAGCAUCACGUUAGACAGGGAAACACAACAGUACAGUGGUGAUGAAGUCAAAUAAUUGGGGAAAUUUCUGAAUUUUUACUUUCAGUAUCAACAUUCCAGCAAAAUUCGGAUGAAAAAGACUUUCCGGGUAGUACUUCCAGGUAAACCUUUCAGGACGACCUUGUAAAACUUAAGAGGCAAUGUCUGAGAAGUUCAAAAACUGCAGGUCACUAAAAAUUCAGAAUGCUUCAAUUUGUCUCAUAUUAUACCCAAUGGGUACUUACAUAACAGUGAUACAUCAGACAAGUUUUGGUCCGGCUCCUUGGUCCCUAGUCCGAUCACGGUCACAAAAUAGGUCAAACCUGUAACUAAUUUCAAAAAAAUGCUAGCGUCUCAGACUCAAGGCCAUUCGAUUUCUCGCAUCUUUUUUUAAGCAUUUUUUUCAUGUUGGCACCAAAAAAAUUUAUCACCUUUCCUUCAUGGAGAAAUUUCGGAUUUUUUUCGUGAAAAAAAGUUGAGUUGUUGUGCAGUUUUCCUCCGUGGUGAAAAAUUUUUUUGCACUUCAUAGCCACGAUUUUUAUUUCAAAUUCAUAAUCUACGGACAAUUUUACGUCGAUAUACCAUACUGUCGCACAUUUGCCGAUUGACAUCAAAGGAGUUUUUUUCAAAAGUUUGAUCCGGUCUCAAAAAAAGUUUCUGUUCUGCUUUUUGGAAAACUUACAGAAACAAAGGGAAUUUUUUUGUUUAUAGACGUUUUUUUCAUGCUAAAAAAACUGUAAUUCUGUUAUGUAUUCGUCAGGUACAGCUUUGUAAACGUAGCGUUUAAAAACAUGUUGAAAUUUUUUUGUCAGCCGGAUAGAUUUUUUUCGAGAUGUGUUCGCUUUUUACCCAAUAUUUUAUGCUUUCUCUCGUUUUUAUUUUUCAAUGUUCAUCUUACUUUUUGUGAAGCAUUUAUUUGGUCGUUCUCCGAUUGAUUCAAGAACGGUAAACAAGAAGUACAUAUUAUAGGGGCACCGCACAGAAAUGGCGCUCUGUUGAGAAACUCUUUUUGCAGUUCAAAUUGAGCGACCUCGGGACCGAGUUUGAAAAGUUAGGCCACAUUUUCAGUAGAAAAUUACUUCGCGGCCUAGAAAUUCGACCAGAUUGCGAACAGCGCGCCUUUUCCGUCCGGUGCCCCUAUAAUACACAUGGGGCAACACUCAACAACAAAAGUACAUAAAACAGGUAUAAAAGCACAAAGCAAAUUUUGUGUAGCUAUUCUUCUUACUAUUUUCAAACUGCUGAUAUUAUUAGAUGGUCAAUAUUACAGAUUAUAAUGAAACUCAUUGUUUUCCUGAUUGCACAGUUGCUCUUGCAAUGGUCAAUUUGUUCCGUCAAGUAAUUUGAAGUCAUUGACUGGAACAUACGAGUUCGAACAUGCCGGAUACACUUCAACUGUGAUUGGGUCUAUUGAUAAAGAACGAAAUGCUGUACUGUCGCAGAAGCAGACCAAGUUUUGGUACUUUCCGGAAUGUACUAAGUCAACUGAUUCUCAAAACACUGCUUGCAUUGAAGAAGAAGAUGAAAAUGAAGUGGAAAGCGAUGAAGUGAGACCGCGGUACGAAGACGCUUUGGAAAAGAUAUUUACAUGCCCAGAGGAAGGAUGCUCAGCUACAUUUUUUUGAGAUAUUCAAGCGUGGUCGAGCAUGUUGAACGUGGACAACAUAUAAUUCGACCUGAACGGCAGCAGACACUUCGUGAUUUUUUUCAUUGAAAUAAUUUAUUCGUGGUUUUGGAAGAAGUGGUCAAAAAGUUGCCCAAUAAUUUCGAAUGCUGUGAAAAAACUGAAGGAGACGAACGAGAAGACGGAAUUGGAGGACGGAUGGGUACUUCAAGUAAGAAAUGUCAACAUGCGGAUCCGAGAAUUGUUGAAAAGAGAAUGGCAGAAGCUAGAAAUCCGGACGGUUCUAAGCGGUUUUCAGUGGAUCAAAGGAAAGACUUCCGUCAGAUUGCCGGGUUCUUCUCCCGUGAAGCAGCGAAAAGGCAAUCAAAAGCAGCACGAUCGCGACGCGCUCAAGAAAUGAAGGAUGACUCGUGGAAGGAAGUAGUUUUCCACUGAAAAUGUGGCCUAACUUUUCAAACUCGGUCCCGAGGUCGCUCAAUUUGAACUGCAAAAAGAGUUUCUCAACAGAGCGCCAUUUCUGUGCGGUGCCCCUAUAAUAUGUACUUCUUGUUUACCGUUCUUGAAUCAAUCGGAGAACGACCAAAUAAAUGCUUCACAAAAAGUAAGAUGAACAUUGAAAAAUAAAAACGAGAGAAAGCAUAAAAUAUUGGGUAAAAAGCGAACACAUCUCGAAAAAAAUCUAUCCGGCUGACAAAAAAAUUUCAACAUGUUUUUAAACGCUACGUUUACAAAGCUGUACCUGACGAAUACAUAACAGAAUUACAGUUUUUUUAGCAUGAAAAAAACGUCUAUAAACAAAAAAAUUCCCUUGUUUCUGUAAGUUUUCCAAAAAGCAGAACAGAAACUUUUUUUGAGACCGGAUCAAACUUUUGAAAAAAACUCCUUUGAUGUCAAUCGGCAAAUGUGCGACAGUAUGGUAUAACGACGUAAAAUUGUCCGUAGAUUAUGAAUUUGAAAUAAAAUCGUGGCUAUGAAGUGCAAAAAAUUUUCACCACGGAGGAAAACUGCACAACAACUCAACUUUUUCACGAAAAAUCCGAAAUUUCUCCAUGAAGGAAAGGUGAUAAAUUUUUGGUGCCAACAUGAAAAAUGCUUAAAAAGAUGCGAGAAAUCGAAUGGCCUUGAGUCUGAGACGCUAGCAUUUUUUUGAAAUUAGUUACAGGUUUGACCUAUUUUGUGACCGUGAUCGGACUAGGGACCAAGGAGCCGGACCAAAACUUGUCUGAUGUAUCACUGUUAUGUAAGUACCCAUUGGGUAUAAUAUGAGACAAAUUGAAGCAUUCUGAAUUUUUAGUGACCUGGUGUAAUUAGCGAAUUUCGAGGUUCUCAGACAUUGCCUCUUAAAUUCUUCAGUAGAAUCAAUAGCAUGUCGUCUAGAACUAUGAGGUUCCCGAUGAAAAAGGGUUUUAGUGCCGAUUCUGCAGUUUCAGUUUUUAGUUCAGGUUAGUUUUUGCAGUGUUCCAGCAGCAAGGAUUGAAAAUAAACUUUAGAACCAAAUGAGUUGAUUGAAAAGUGUGACGAGAACUUGUCGACAGUAAAAGACAAAAUCGAGAAGGAUUCUCCAAGAUUCCGAGAUAAUCGGUUUGUUUUUUGGAGGAUGGGACUUGUCGACAACUGUGAACCCGUUCAGAUUCUUCAGUUCGACCAACUCCAGCACUUCGAUGGAGUAUGAUGAUACUUUUGAGCUAUAUUCGGAUGAAGAACGGUCGAGAAGAAGAGUUGCCAUUACCUCACACAGAAAACCAGGUGAGAUCCAUAGAUUUCAGGGAUUUCCAUUAGUUUUCCUUGUAGUUGCGACCCCGGUCAAACCUCUGAACCUCCAUCGCAAAGACCUCACCUUCGACGACCCGUAUAUUGUCCCUGUUCCCGGUAAUACAUGACUUUUCCCGCGUUUCAUGCGUGCUGAUCGUUUUCUGUUUCAGAAAGCGCUGAUAAAGAGACAUCGAAUGAUGUGGAGGACAGCGUUGUGUAUGGCCUCAUUUAAUGGCACUAUCGGUGGAGGAAAAAUUGAUUUUUGCAGGGUUUCGAGCGUCAAAUUGUCGCUGCUCAUGAAGUUGAAGAUUUCGGAAACUUCCGUGCGAAAGAUUAUUUCCAGCGGGUGGGAAAAGUGCAAUUCGAGCUCAAUGAUCAAUCGUAUUUCAGUGAUAAACACAUACUGACGUGCUCCGGAGAGUUUGGAGCUGAUGAGGCGGUUUUACUGUGGCGAAAAGAUACAGCUACAGUACGUUUCGUUUCAGAACUUUGUUUCAGUCUGAAACUAAUGAAAUUUCUGUUCCAGAAUCUUUGGAUAAACGACCCGGUGACGCAUGACGGUAAGAUUUCCACAAGAACCUCGACAUCGACCCCUGCAUCAACUCGUUCUUCAUCGGUUAGAUCAAAAUAG